AAAGCAAUGCUGCUGAUAACGAUGAUUCAAUGUUGGUUAUUAAAAUGGAUGAUGAUGAAGAAGAGUCAAAUAAAUCAAAAAAUAGACCGAAGAAGACUAUCAUCAAUAUUAAGAUUCAACAGAAUGAUAAAUUGAAUGAAGAAAAUGCACGACUCAAGAAAAAAAUUAACAAAAAAAAUUGA